CAGUUAACUGACUUGUUGACAAUAUUUUGUUAGAAAUAACGUACCAAAAGGAUAUUUAUUAUAAUUCGUUAUGUCCAGCUUAGUAAAUGCUUCUUGGUUAACAGUUUCUGUAAGCAAGGUAGGUGACUUAGUUUUGUUCAUAAAUUUCAGUGGGGAAAACAUUCAUUCAUUUCUGCCUUGGGAGAUGGCAGCCAUCACUUGGGCCAAGUUGCUGCACCAGUAUCAGACAAUAAUCUUCAUGCUGGUAACAGCUGAAUAUUUUCUUUUGCCAACUGCAGAUUUUGAUCUUAUGUAUGUUUUGAUAGCUUAGUUAGCUGCUGUUAUUAAUUAGAUAAUUUAAGACAGAGUGAAGCUAACUGAAGUGUUAACUGGAGCACUGCAGUGUUUCUGCUGUGCCUGUGAAGGAUGCUGUUAGACUUUACAGAGACUCCUCUUGCUUCUCUCCAGCCAUAAAGGGUGUGUUAACAUGAUCAUUUAGGCUUUACCCCUAGUCAGUGCUAAUCUCUCCAAUUUUCUGCUUCUCUCUGAGGAUGGCAAAAAUGGCUGCAUUUCUCUCAAUACCAGAAGCAUCAAUGACUGGAGAAGAGAUAGAAUUAAUCUUACUUUUAGGCCUCCACAUGUGCUGCAGUGCACACACACUGCAAGUGCCUGUGGACUGGAGGUUUUCUCUUAACUAUAAGAGCUUUCCCAGCUCACCAUCACUCUUCCUGAUCAGUUAGUCUUAGCAGUACACUGUCCUUGGGAGGCCAUGGUAAAUGCUGGUUAAAACUGUUUCAGGAUUUUUCCAGGUGAAAACUUUUGACAAGCUCUAAAAUACGAUAGAGCCAAAUUUAUUUCUUGAACUGCUGAAUGUGUUGAAGCUCUAACAGAGCUAGGUACUCAUCCUUUGGUCAUUCCUUCCUCCCCAUCUUGGACCAUUGGCUCCUGAGGCAUGUGGUCUGGGUCCUGAAGCACAGUACCUACAUCAGAAAUGUGCUGUGGCAACCAGAGUAAUUAAGGGCAACCAUUUCAAUUUCUUUAUAUGGUGCAACAUCAGUGACAAGAACUAGCAAAGUAAUGCUCAGUUCUCUAAAAAUUUGAGGGAAUAAAAGAUUGCGAAAACAAACAAGUACAAAGCUGCAUGCACCUUUAAGGAGAUCCACACAACUGAGGAACAGUCAUGCUCAUCUAACAGGGCUGUUUUCAAAUUACUUCAGGUAUGAGCACAGGCAUUCUGAGACUGCUUUCUGCGUUUCAGCCUCAUUAUUUUUUUUCUCUAAAAUGGUUCCUCAAAUCACAUAAACGUAACGAUGCAAAGAAGAAAAGAAAUAGAGGCGUACCAACACCUGACUGAAACCAGUGAGACGUAACUGGCAGCCAGAGACAUGCACAGACAUGGGGGAGUCUAAGCAUGCAGAUAAGCUGUGUUUUGCCCACACCCAAGUCAGACGCAAAACAGCUUCGGAGAGCUACACAACGCUGGAUCUUUGAGUAACUCACUUCAAAAAAUCUUCACAAUGUUCCUUGCUAAAGCUUUGCUGAGUGGAGGAAGUGGUAGUAGUCGUGGAGGAAGCCUUGCACGUGGCCUUGGAGGGCUCCUAACAGGAGGUGGAGGUGCAGGGAAUAUUGGAGGACUUGUUGGAGGUCUCGUCAACCUUAUAAGUGAAGCGGCAGCUCAGUAUAAUCCAGAGCCACCUCCACCUCCUCGCAAUCAUUUUACAAACGUGGAAGCUCAGGAGAGUGAUGAGAUCAGACAAUUCCGUCGCCUGUUUGCCCAGCUGGCUGGAGAUGAUAUGGAAGUGUGUGCCACAGAGCUAAGGGACAUCCUGAACAAAGUCCUUUCCAGACACCAAGACUUGAAGACGGAUGGCUUCAGCUUGGACACCUGCCGUAGCAUGGUCGCCGUCAUGGACAGCGAUACGAGCGGCAAACUGGGCUUUGAGGAGUUCAAGUAUCUGUGGAACAACGUCAAGAAGUGGCAAUGUGUGUACAAGCAGUACGAUACUGAUCAGUCAGGCACUGUUGGGAGAGCCCAGCUGCCAAACGCUUUGAAGGCUGCAGGGUUCCACCUGAACGAGCAGCUGUGCCAGGUGAUCGUGCGCAGAUACGCCGCCGAGGACGGCAGCAUGGAUUUCAACAGCUUCAUCAGCUGCCUGGUGCGGCUGGACAGCAUGUUCCGGGCCUUCAAGUCCCUGGACCAAGAUGGAAGUGGGCAUGUCAAAGUGACCAUUGAAGACUGGCUGCAGCUGACCAUGUAUUCGUGAAGGCGUGGCAAAAAGCAGCUUUGUGUGGAGGAUGCACGUGGAGGGCUCUGCUGUACAACUGUAGUCUUUGCCUUUAGUCUUUUAAGGCAGAUGUAGCUAGCGGUAGAUGGAUCAGCUUCAAGUGUAGUGAUUCCUCUUGUGCAUGCACCAGUCUGCUUUUCUGAGGGAUUUGUGUGGGUUGUUGAUUGGGCAGUUGCAUAAGUCUGUCUUCAGAAAAUUCUAAACUCUAAGCUUAGGGAAUAUAUUGGAAAGAUCUAAGCUUAGUUACUUUUUAAUGUAAAAUGGUUUGCGUAUGAGUAUAGCUAUUAUAUAAAAAAGCUUCUAAGUUUGGUGUUGAUGUUGCUGUUCUGAUUUGUCAGCAGUCUCUAAGCUGGAAUAAAGGCUGUUUGCCUGAAGGCAGUCAC